AUGGAAAAUAAUUCGAUAAAACCAUUCAUAUUUGCACAAGAUGAAUUAUCAUUAACAAUCGAAGAAUUCAAUAAUGGAGAUUUUGUUGUCAUACAACUAGAUAAUUGUCAUACAAAUAAAACAGCAAAUGAUCUUUUACAAAUACCUGAUCUACAUGGCAUUAUCAAUUGUGUAAAACUAUUCGAUAAUCCACAUAAGUGUAUCGAUUAUAUAGAAUCAAUUUGUUCAAAUGUAUACGUGUUUCUAAUUUUAUCAUCUGAUGUUUCUAUUAUAACAAGUAUUCGUAAUUUACCGCAAAUUAUAUUUAUUUAUUUAUUUAAUAUAAGUGAGACUAACGAUGAUAUUAAUAAUUAUGUAGAACACAUAAAUGCUAACAAUAUAUUCAAUGAUAAAAAAUUACUUAUUAACAAAUUAAAUCAUGAUGUUAAUUUAUUUGCAAAACAACUUUCACCACGUAUGACAUUGUUCAAUAAUAUGGAUGGUAACAUUAAAGAAAUAUCUAUCAAAGAUUUAUCAAAAGAAAGUCAAUAUUUUAUGUAUAUGCAUUUAUUUAUUGAAAUAUUAUUACGUGAUUCACAAUCAAAGGCGGCAAAAAAGGAUUUAUUAAAUGAGGCUCGCCAAUUUUAUCAUAAUAACGCAAGUCAAUUAUUUCGAAUUAGUGAAUUUGAAAACAAAUAUGAUUCACAUGAAGCUAUUCGAUGGUACACACUUGAUGGCUUUCUAUAUCGUUUAUUAAAUAAAGCAUUAAGAUAUCAAGAUUUUCAUAGAAUAUACAAAUUUCGUUUUAUCAUUAAGGAUUUAUAUGAACAAUUGAGACGUUUAUAUUAUGAACAGUCAUCAGAAUUAAAAAAUAUUAAUACUGUAUAUCGUGGUCAAUUAAUCAAUAUAAAUGAAUUAAACAAUUUACAAAACAAUUUAGGAGCAUUAGUGUCAAUAAAUUCAUUUUUCUCAACAUCAUUAAAUAAAACAACAGCAUUAUUGUUUAUUCUUGGCGCAACACAAGGAGAAACUGUUCCUGUUUUCUUUGAAAUCAAAAUUAAUAAUAUGAACUCGACAUCAACUUCAUAUGCUAAUAUACAAAAGUAUAGUUCGAAAAAAGAUGAAGAAGAAAUUUUAUUUUCAAUGGAUUGUGUAUUUCGACUUGAAUCAGUAGAAAAAGAUACUGAAUAUGAUGGCAUCUAUUUAAUUAAAUUAACUUUAACUGGUCAAUAUGAAGACGAAAAUGUACUCAAACCUUUAACAGAACACAUGAGAAACGAUAUCGGUUAUGGUACCUAUGAUUUAUCCGCAUUAGGACAUUUAAUGUUCAUAACAGGUCAAUAUGAUCAGGCCAAAUACUUUUAUGAUUUAUUGAGUAAAGAUUUACAACCAAAUGAUCCAGAUAUUGCAAAAUUAUACAAUAACAUGGCUGCCAUUUACCAAUCUCAAGGUAACUAUGCUGAAGCUUUGAAAUAUUUCGAGAAAACAAUUGAUAUUGACACAAACCUUUUACCGAAAAGUUAUGCCGAUAUUGUAACGACAUACACAAACAUUGCAGUCGUACACCAAUCUCAAGGUAACUAUGCUGAAGCUUCACGUUAUAUUGAGAAAGCACUUAAAGUUCAAUUAACAUCGUUACCUGAAAAUGAUUUCUCUCUUGCAAUCAUAUACAAAAAUGUUGCGUCUUUCCAUCAAUGUAGAGGCAAUUCUGCUGAAGCUUUGAAAUAUUACGGUGAAGCACUUAAGGUCCAAUUAAAAUCUUUACCUAAAACUCAUCCAGAUAUUGCAAUCACAUACAACCACAUUGGAUUUAUUCAUCAGAAACAAGCCACCUAUGCUGAGUCGUUGAAACAUUAUGAGAAUGCGCUUAACAUUCAAUUACAAUCUUUACCUAAAAACCAUCCAGACAUUGCAAUGAUAUACAACAAUAUAGCAAAAGUUCACUUAGAUAAUGGUAAAUAUCCUGAUGCUUUGAAGUAUUUUGAGACCACACUUCAUACUCAAUUGAACUCUUUACAUAAAAAUCAUCCACACAUUGCAACAACAUAUGACAACAUUGCAAGCGUGCAUGCAAGACUAGGUAAUCAUGCUGAAGCGUUCAAAUAUUUUGGUAAUGCACUGAGAAUAAGAUUAAAAUCUUUGCCCGAAAAUCAUCCAGACAUUGCCAUAACAUAUAAUAACAUUGGAUCACUUUAUAAAAGUCAAAAUAACUAUGUUAAAGCCAUGAAAUAUUAUGAAAAAUCACUUAAGAUUCGAUUAACAGCUCAAUCUCCAUAUCCUUCUUACAUUGCAACGAUACAUAACAAUAUUGGAUUACUUCACGCAGAGAAGGGAGACUAUGCUGAAGCGUUGAAAUGUUAUGAAAAAGUACUCACAUUAGAAGCUUUGCGUCAAAAUCACCCAGAUGUUGCAACGACAUACACCAACAUUGCGCUUAUCCAUAGAAAACAAGGUGACCACACCAAAGCCUUACAAGAUUUGGAAAAAGCACGUCAAAUUCACUUGACAUUUUUACCUGAAAAUCAUCCACGCACUGCAACGAUAUAUGACAAUUUUGGAAUGGUUUACAAAAACCGAGGCAACUAUGCUGAAGCAUUGGAGUACUUUCAGAAAGCACGUCACAUUCAAUUAGAAUGUUUACCAGCAAACCAUCCAGACAUUGUAAAAACAUGCAACAUGAUUGGAAUAGUUCACCAAGGGCAAGACAAUCGUGUUAAAGCUUUAGAAUAUUUUGAGAAAGCCCUUCAAAUUCAAUUAGAAUCUUUACCUCAAAACCAUCCAGAUAUUGCAAAGGUAUACAACAAUAUUGGAAUAGUUCACCUCAAGCAAGGCAAUCAUGCUAAAGCUUUAGAAUAUUUUGAGAAAGUACUUCAAAUUCGAUCAGAAUCUUUACCAGGAAAGCAUCCAGACAUUGCAGAAGCAUGCAAGAAUAUUGGAAUAGUUUACCAAGAACAAAACAAUUAUGCUAAAGCUUUAGAAAAUUUUGAGAACGCACUUCAAAUUCGAUUAGAAUCAUCACCAAGAAAACAUCAAGACGUUAUAGAAACAUGCAACAUGAUUGGAAUAGUUUACAAAGAUCAAGGCAAUCAUGUUAAAGCUUCCGAAUAUUUGGAGAAAGCACUUCAAAUUCAAUUAGAAUUUUUACCAGCAAAUCAUCCAGACAUCGUAAAAACAUGCAACAAUAUUGGAAUAUUUCACCAAGAGCAAGACAAUCAUGCUAAAGCUUUAGAAUAUUUCAAGAAAGCACUUCAAAUUCAAUUAGAAUCUUUACCUCAAAAUCAUCCAGAUAUUGCAACGAUAUACAACAAUAUUGGAGUAGUUCACCUCAAACAAGGCAAUCAUGCUGAAGCUUUAGAAUAUUUUAAAAAAGCAAGUUAA